GUAAACACCGCACAAAGAGUUCAUAUUCUCCUCCUGAUGAUCUUUUCUGCAUCAACAGAAGAUCCAGUUGUGAGGAUCUCUGUGCCGGAGGGGCAUUACAUAAUCAUACCCUGCAGCAGCCCACAGUGGAGGAAAUCUGACCACAUGAUAUGGCGGUUCGGGGACAACCAAGUCAUUGGGAAGAGAUCCUGGGAUAUUGUCUUUGAUAUAAACCGAAGAAAAUAUGAUCUCCUACCCGAUGGGUCCCUCCUGGUGAAGGUCCUGAGGCCUGAGAACUCUGGGGAGUAUUACUGUAAUGACUACAAGGCGGCGGAUCUGGAGGUCCUGACAGGUCAGGACUACAGUGUUUCAGCAGGGGGAACUAUCCUCCUUCCCUGCAAAAUCUCUGACAGGCUAAAGCAAAAGUGGAUGUUCAAGAAAAACAGACAGUCCAGGCGUAGGGUCAUCUUACUGAAAUACAAGAACGGAACGGUGACCAAAGAGAUUGAUGAUCCGCAAAACCGGUUCACGACCACGGAUUUUGAGCUCAGGAUACUUAAUCUCCAGCCCGCGGAUGGUGGGGAAUACUUCUGUAAUGGUCUGAAGACUGCCACUGUAAGCGUCACAACAGAGGCUCCAGACAACACCGAGGAACUUACUACUGAUGAGACGGACAGAGCACCCUCCCAGAUAGUGUGA